AUGGCGCCCGGCAUGGCGGCUCAGAUGGGCGCCACGUGGUCGCCGCUCCAUGCUGCAGGCUUCCACGACCUGUCACCACGGAUCCCCCAGGACAGGACCCUGGGAGAAUUCUCCGAACUUCCUGAGAGCUAUGAGGGCAAUUAUAGGCCUGCCCGGGUUGGACUUGUGCGGGUACUCGAGUCCGGCAAGAUGCGGAAUCCGCUGCAGAUGCAGCAGUCGCAGACAGACUGGGCGGCACGGCGUCCGCUGAGCGCAUCCAAAGCCAACCGAUUGUCGCGCGGGGGGCUACCUUCGA